AACAACGCUUUUGACACAACAACAACAGAAAUAAACAAUACAAGGUUAUUCAUGAGUUUCGAUUUUUAUAGCUUUUGCUUAAUUUCAACAAUACAGUAGGAUAAUAUUGUAUCCUGAUAUUAUGUAUCAAAAAUCUGAAAGUAAAACCAGAUCGUCAUGGAGUAAAUGCGGAGAUGGGAAAUGUCGAUACUCACAUAUCUACGAAAAUCAUCGGUUAUCUAUAUCAAAACAGGACAAUGAUUCAAGAGGCAUCUCCUUCCUCGACCGUGACGAUGCUCCUUACAAGUCAUUCUCAAUACCCCGAGGUGACUCAUCAUCAGAUGUACUGUCAGCUAAAGAUGUCACCAGCACCACGCCACAUGGUAGAGUGGACCGUUUACCAUCAGCCUUAUUUGGCAGUCGACAGACAUCAGUGAACCUUCAUCAAGUCAAGGGUGACGUCGGCACCAGACUGCUGAGCAUGGUCCGCGCCCGCCAGCAGGCCAGCGAGCGGCACGUGCAGCAGCUGCAGCUGCCUUCUGAGGACAGUGAGGAUGAAGUGAUGGCUGAGCUAUGCCCUCACGGCUGGACCCGUGAGACGGAGCGCAGCGUCUCCCGCUCCCGAGCCUCGCGGAUGUCCAGCAAGCGAGACAUGGACAUCCCGUCCCUGAUGGCGUUCACCGCAUCCGUUCCCUCCAAGUUACCCACUCACCUAGAGAUCCCAGCGUUCCAGCGUGCCAAAAGUCCCGCGCAGGAGGCGCCUCCCCGCUGGUCCAUCCGGCGCUCCCUGUGCCCCGUGUGUUCACAGAAGUGGAAGGAUAGGAGCUCUGUCAACAUCGUCAAGAGUUCCGGUCUCAAGAGGAACUUAUCAUCUGAGUUUUCAUCGGUUAUUGCGCCGGCGCGGCUCAGAACUUACGUCAGUAAAGAAUAUGUUCCGCGUUCAAACUUUGCAGCCGUUCACGAAGAAUCUGGAACAUUCCACAGUGCGGGCGCUGCGUGGCAGUUGUCGCGAGCGCGCAAGCUCCAUGCACCCAAUCUGGGUCCCCCGCCGGCGACCGAAGCCCCCGCUGCCGCUGCACCCCUCGCCAGGAAGGACCUGGAUGACAGGGUGCACAGGUUCUUGGCCAAUUUGCAGCAGGAUGAAAAAAUGAAAUGA